GCCCCGGGGGCCCCAUGUAUUAACUAUAACUGUUCCUUAUACCAGCCGAAGAAGACUCUUUUUCAAGAAGAACUUCCUCGGCAUUUCUCUGUAACAUGCGGUGAAGAAGAAAUCUCUGUGUGUGUGAUUUUUUCUCGUCUUACGUGAUGAUGAUGCGGCGCAUCAAUAAAACACAUCUAUUAUGGCUCUGUGCCACUCUUCUACAACUUCCAACCCCCACCAUACAAUCGACGAUCAAGGAACCGGAAUAUUCCAGAACAUUGUCGAAGGAUAAAACCCUCCAAAUCGAACAGAGAGAGAUCGACGAUGCCGUGGACCAUGGGGUACGACUGCUUGAGGAGCUCGUAAAAGUUAAAGAGCCUUUACUAUAUAAGUUGGGUUAUACACUUAAAAGUGACAAUCCGGCGUCAAAAGUGGCCAACUUCGGAGCGCCGACUAGCAGGAGGGCCAUUCUACAUUCCAGGAUUGGUUACGCGAUGGUCGAGGCCAGCAAAAGAAUCGCCACGUCUUUCUUUAAAGAUGCUCCGAGGGCCUCCCUCUCCGGCCUCCAGUCCAGAGCAUCCCUGGACGGCGAGUGUCCGUUCCAGGGCAAACCCAAGUGUCCAGCCGCCUCCCGGCGGUUCAGGACCUCGGACGGCACCUGCAACAACUUAAAAAAUCCCUGGAGGGGAGCGGCGCUGUUGCCGAUGCAACGUUUCUUACCGCCGGUGUACGAGGACGGCGUCCAGAGCAUCAGACUUUCGGUGCAAGGCACCCCUUUACCGUCCCCGCGAGCAAUCAGCACCACAAUCCACCGGGAUCAGGACCACGAACUGCUCUCAGUCACCUCGAUGUUCAUGCAAUGGGGCCAGUUCCUCGACCACGACCUCACUUCCACCGUGAAAUCGCGCAGUUUCAACGGAUCGAUCCCCAGGUGCUGUGAGGAGGACGGCAGUGGGGUCUUACCGGAGCAGUUUCUCCACCCUCUAUGUUUACCCAUCACGGUACCACCGUCAGACCCGUUUCUGAGUCAAUUCGGCGUCGGCUGCAUGGAGUUCACCAGGAGCGCCCCAUCCACCCGGUUUGACUGCGAGUUGGGGUGGCGGGAGCAAAUGAACCAGGCGACGUCCUACAUCGACGCCUCCAUGAUAUACGGGAGCAAUCGGGACACGUUGGAGUCCCUCAGGACGUUCAGUGGCGGAGGGAUUUUUUAUGGCAUCGACCCCCCGGAUCCUCCCGAGGGUGAGGUUUGCACAAGCGGGGCCGUCUCUGAGGAGUGUUUACAGCCCGGGGAUGGACGAGUGAGCGAGAACCCGGGGCUGAUAGCCCUCCACACCGUGUUCGUGCGGUACCACAAUAAAAUCGCGGGGGUUCUGAGCACGAUUAACCCCCACUGGAGUGACGAGAGGGUGUUCCAGGAAACCAGGCGGAUCGUCUAUUCAGCUGUACAGCAUAUCACUUUUAAGGAAUACUUGCCCUUGGUGCUGGGGCCGGAAGUGAUGGACUCGUUCGAGCUCAGGCUGCUCAAGAGGGGCUAUUACGGCAAUUAUAACGACAAAGUGAAUCCGACUGUGGCGAACUCUUUUAGCACUGCCGCCUUCCGGUUCGGUCACAGUAUGGUCCAGAACUCUUUUAUAAGAACUGACAGCCAUCACAGGCCAUUGGUUAACAAUGUCUCCCUGCACGACGAAAUCCUAAACGUCGAGAAUAUCUGGAGCGCGGGUUCCCUGGACCGGUUGCUGCUGGGACUCUCGAACCAACCGUCCCAAAGAAGGGACGAAUUCAUCGCGGACGAACUGACCAAUCACUUGUUUCAGUUUGGCAGAAACGUCCCCUUCGGGAUGGAUCUGGCCGCCAUCAAUAUCCAACGUGGGAGGGACCACGGGAUUCCUCCCUACACUUUUUGGAGGAAACCGUGCGGGUUGAGUGAGGUGAACAGUUGGAGGGACUUGGAGGGAGUGACGGGGAUCAGCGCCGCCCUGAGGAUGAGGAGUUUGUACGCGCACGUCGACGAUAUCGACUUGUUUACAGGUGGCCUGGCCGAAAAACCCUUGAAGGGCGCAGUCUCCGGGCCCACGUUCGCCUGCAUCAUCGCCCAACAGUUCGCCAACCUGCGUGCCGGAGACCGUUUCUGGUACGAGAACGACGGGUUCGAAUCCUCCUUCUCACCCGCGCAGCUCCAACAGAUUCGCAAGGUCACCUUGGCGCAGAUCCUUUGCCAAACCCUCAACGAAAUCGAGACCGUGCAGCCGUUCGUGCUGUUGACCGCAGAUCGUGUUAAGAACGUGCGAGUAACGUGCGAGACCUUAAGGAACUUUGACUUAGGGCCAUGGGUGGAAACUGUAGAUGAUGAUUUUAUCGAGACUAAUGAACUUAGAGUUAAGAGGGGGGUGAAGACUAGACUUGACGUGACUAAACGGGUUAAGCCCAAUAACGUGACUGAGCAACGUUACAACAGGCCAACCAAAUACUCCACUGCAAAGCCCAUUAAAGCUACCUCCACGUACUACCACAUAAAAGAUUCCACGAAACCUGAAGACGUGACGUACUUACUGGGGAUCGUACCACCUCAACCUUUACAAGUAAACAUUAACAUACAUUACUCGACGCCAGCCCCUGUGUGGAGCCCCGCACCAAUCAGAAGAAAACAGACCACCGCAUCACCUAACUUAGCAAAUGACGUAGUGGUGAUUACUAGUAGACCCUCGACCUACAGCCCAUUUGACUCUAUGGAGUACAGCUACGCCUCCCAAAACGGCUACAAGAGACCCAACACACAGUACAGACCGACCAAACAGCCCCAAUACGCUCCCACCUCCUCCUACAGCCCCCCACUGUUCGAGGAGGCACCCUUUGCUUCCUCCAACGUGCCUUCUAGGCCAGACUUUUUGCACUACUACAACAGACCCACGACAAACUCACAACGGCCUCUUGCCUCACAUACAAUUUACAGACAGGACGAGUUGACUGACGACAUACUGGACAGUUUUUUCACUAACCGGAAGUCCGGCGGCGGUGGUGGAGUGGGGGCGCCGGGGGGGAUCAGUGACAAAUUGGACUUUAAGACAAGGGUUCUAGAGGGGGAGUUUGUUAAGGUGGCCUCGGUAAGGAAACAGGAGGUUUUCGCCAGGGAAGGGGAUGACGUCAUAGAAGCGGGAAAGACGAAGAAAAUUAGGGUGAUGGACGUGGAUGUGAUGCCUAGUGAGCCGAGUGGCCAGUGGAGAACUGUCCAUGCGAAAGAAGAAGAAGAAGAACGUGAAAUGGAAGUUCCAGCGUUGCCGAUGAGUAUUCCUUGCUCCCACGAGGUGCCGAGGCCGUUAAUCCGUUACUACUCGCCCCCUAUAGGCGAUAACUUGUAACAAGACUAUUUGACUAACUCAUUUAUUUAUUUGACGUACUUCUUAGGACUGUGAUAGUAAUAUAGACUGUUUCGGACAAACUUUUACGUAGCCUGGACUUUGACUUCAACUUUACCCUUUCAGCUACAUGACUCAAAAAGACGUUGAAUGACAUAAAAGUGACACGUAAAUACUUCUGUGACAACUUAAAUAAACUCAGUAACUUACUGACUUACAAUAUACUGACUCAUUUUUUCUUGUUCUUUUUUUUCCUCUUCUCUUGCUCUUUGACAGUUUAACGUACACGCACAAACUGACAUUUAAGAAACAAACGAUAUGCAACGCCAUCUCUUUAGAACUGAACACGUGAAACUAACCUCACAAACUCGACUGUGAUGUACGAACAGGAAUAAUGACAUUUACAUUGACAAGAACUGUCAUUCUGACGUCAAGAGAUUUACGUCAGAAGCUACACCGUUUAGAGGUAAGAAAGUAUGAAAAUUACGACUUACUGUAGAAUUGACGUACUUAUAUUAUACUUUUGACAGACAUACAGACCAUAAAAGUACAAUUACACACUAGUACUAUUGGUAGUAUUUAUAGUUAUUUUUAUAUUACAUAGUUUAACCGGCUACAGGGCUGCCAAUUGUAAAUAAAUUAUUUUUAAAAGA